GUCGGUAGUCGCUACAGUGAGCGGAGCUGCGAGCUCAGACGGGAGGGGAUUUCCACUGAACACUGUUUCCUUUACUUGUUUUGCUUUCGAUCUGGACCUGAAGUCGCUGUAAUUUAAAGUUUUUCUUUGUAUCUGCACGUAGAAAAUAAAGCACAGCUCGGUCGCGUUCUGGACGACUUUACUUACCCGUAACCGAGGCUGAAUUUCCACAGAUUGCACAGGCCAGUAUGCCCGUGGAGAGAAUGCGCAUGCGGCCAUGGCUGGAGGAACAGAUAAACUCGUGUAAAAUACCAGGGCUCAAGUGGGUCAACAGGGAGAAGAGAAUAUUUCAGAUUCCGUGGAUGCACGCUGCACGGCACGGCUGGGACGUGGAGAAAGACGCACCUCUCUUUCGAAACUGGGCCAUCCACACAGGCAAAUAUCAGCCAGGGGUGGACAAGCCUGACCCAAAAACAUGGAAAGCGAACUUCCGCUGUGCGAUGAACUCUCUGCCUGACAUUGAAGAGGUGAAAGAUAAGAGCAUCAAAAAAGGAACUAAUGCCUUCAGAGUUUAUAAGAUGCUGUCAGCGUCUGAGAGACAAUCAAAGAGAGGAAAGAAGAGGUUAGAUAAGGAACCAAAGAUAAAGGAAGAGCAGCCGUGCCCUGUGUCCUCUGCCUGGGAGAGCACCAACGGCUAUGCCAUGAGCACAGUGGGAGCAGGAGCCGUCACAGUCAAGCAGGAAGCAGACCAACCAGCGGCCACAGAAAUGGGCGGUCGCAGCCCCUCAGAAGACCACCUGAUCAUCCCAGAUGUGUGUCAGACCAUCGAGGUAAUGACAGAGAACGAGGAGCAAGCCGUGAGCUCCAGCCACCCCUACCCUCUCCAGAUCUCUCCAGUGUCCUCAUAUGGAGAGAGUGACACUGACAGUGUGCAGAGUGAAGAAGACACAGAAAAGCAUGUCCGAUCUACAUGGGGAUUGAACCCUGUGGACAGCUCUGGGAUGAGGACAUCUUUACCCAGCAUGUCCACUUUCAUCAGCCCGACCAAGCCCAACUUCAGGAUCACCACCGUCCGAGACUCCUCUUCUCUUUCUCUUCAUGGCCCCCACAGCAGCGGGGCAUCAUGGACCAUUCUGAACCCUUCGCCUCGUCCUGUUUCACACCCCCCGGGGCCGUCCGGCCAGCCUCCAAUCGGCGAGAAACGGGCCAGCGUCAUCAUGAAGACAUCGGACGUCUCCAAGUCUGUCAAGAGCUGCUGAGUAAGGCUGUGGUUCUGGAGUCCUGAGCCUGAGGCUUGUCUGGACUUUAAAACAGAGCAGAGACCUGGGCAGCGAUACGUUGCCCCCCAGUCGAGGAUCUCACAGCCGACAUAAACUGUUCUAAAGGAUGUCUGGCUGGCUGAGAGGAUUGUUAUAGCCAUAAAUGAGGAUGUAUGUCCUAAUAUCCAGGGCAGUGUGCAUUCUCCUAAUGCAACUCUAGGCCUUAAAUUCAGGGAGAGGUACAUUGGUAUUGUACAGUACAGUACAGCAGAGUACAGUACACUGAUGCUGAUCUCAAAACUGCCAUUAUCAGGGGUGUUUCCAUCUCUUGUGGAAUCUGUAUAUAGAGGAAUAGUGGAGAGUCACCUUAUAGCACCUUAUAGAAAAGCACUGAAUGAGGUAACCUGUGGCCUUUUUUCUCCUCCGUAACCCCAGGACCUCGGAGGAGGAGCUUUCUUUGUCAAUCAGUGGCUCGGCAACCAAAGAUUGCACUCGACAACUCAAGAUAACUCUCUAAAUAAGCCAUAGGCCGAUCUGUCUUCGGGUCUAAAAGGGAAUUUUAUUUUUAAGGUGGAUUUUUUUCCUUCUUUUUUUGUGAACAACAGAACGCACUUAUUUCAUGCUGUUUCUUUUUCUUAAUGCAUCAAUGUUAUGCUUUCUACUGUAUGUGUGAACACAAAUGUACAUAAAGAAAUUUUGCUCAACAGUGCUGUGAAAAGUAUUUGCCCCCCGGGAUGGUUUUCUGCAUUUUUCGGACAUGUAUGUAUUCUCUGUAUAUUAAACAGAGAAAAGAAAAAAAUGAACGCAUCCUUUGUUCGUAAAGGCAAAUCAGGCAAAUCAAACUAGGCUUCCGUAAUUAUAAAAUUUAUUUUAUAUUUUACCGACUUUUCGGAUUUAGUAGGCUCUGUUGCUACUAUUGAAUGUUUGGCUUAAAAAGAUGACACUUUGCACAUAUUUUUAUAUUUUUACUUUUCUUUGUGGACCAUUUUAAUGUAAUGUAAUUACUUGAGUGCUUUGCGUUCUUUCCCUGUUUUCCUGAAAUUUUCUUUUGCUUGCAGAAUAGCCUUAAAAAAGUGCAGAUUUGAGUCAGUGAAGUCAUAAUGCAAUACAGCAAAACACAAACAGCCCUAAAAAGAAGCCUAAAACUUCAUCAGUUCUUAAUAUUAAGCAGGUUCUUGUCAUCUGACGUAUGUCCAAUAAACUAUGUCUUCAUGAUAUUGGGAAAAAAUGGCAGUUCUGUGAUAUAAUGCCAGCGGUGUGUUGAUGGCAUUUUCUUCCCACAUUAUUCUUAGGGCCUUAUUUUGCCGAUCUUUAGACGAGCCACCAACCGCGCACUGUGCAGCUUGAUUUAGAGCAUGUCAGUAUGCCUUUGCUAUCGUAACAACAGGAAAAGUAUGCCUUGUGCAGCUUGGUGCUAAUCUUUGAAAAUACUUUUAUCUGCUUUUGCAAAUUAACCCUUUAUUUUAGUUAAAUAAAGUGUUACUAGGGUUAGUUACUACUGCUCAAAAAUCAUUUUUUUAUGAAAACAUGAUUCAGAAAAAAAUGUUCAUACUUACCUUUCUUUCCUUCCAACGCGUGAAAUGUAUGCUGAGCCAAGACUUAAGAUCUUCUUAUAGUACGCACAAAUUAUCCAUAGAACUGGGUAGAGUUGAAUGAUAGUGGCAGUUUCUUCUUUUUUUUACUUCAAAUGAUCACAUUUGUAUUUUAAUGCACACACAAUACACACACACAACACACCGCCUAUGAAACUAUCGUCUUUUUUAUUUUAACUUAUAGCAAAAAACACCAAAAAAAUGAUCUCAGUGUGAAUAUAGAAAUUGUAUACAAAUGUUAAAUAUGUAAAUGCAGAAAAUCAGACGGGUGGCAGGAACUUUCCCACGUCGCUGCAUGUUUGUGGCUCUGUAUGGAAGUGUGUGUUUUCCUGUGUGAAUGUGUCUCUACACGCAUUCAUGGGCUUCUCAAUCCUGUGGAUCACUGAAUAUCUAAUCUAUAAGAUCAUGUUAUGUAAAGAAAUGAUCUCCUGACAAUAAAUGUUAAACACUG